AUGAUUGACACAAAGUACAGCCCCAACAGUCAAACUAUGAUUGACACAAAGUACAGUCCCAACAGUCAAACUAUGAUUGACACAAAGUACAGUCCCAACAGUCUAACUACAAUUUACACAAAGUACAGGCCCAAAAGUCAAACUAUGAUUGACACAAAGUACAGUCCCAACAGUCAAACUACAAUUGACACAAAGUACAGACUCAACAGUCAAACUAGGAUUGACACAAAGUACAGUCCCAACAGACAAACUAUGAUUGACACAAAGUAUAGGCCCAACAGUCAAACUAGGAUUGACACAAAGUACAUUCCCAACAGUCAAACUACAAUUGACACAAAGUACAGUCCCAACAGACAAACUAUGAUUGACACAAAGUACAGUCCCAACAGUCAAACUACAAUUGACACAAAGUACAGUCCCAACAGUCAAACUAUGAUUGACACAAAGUACAGACCCAACAGUCAAACUACAAUUGAUACAAAGUACAGUCCCAACAGUCAAACUAUGAUUGACACAAAGUACAGUCCCAACAGUCAAACUACAAUUGACACAAAGUACAGUCCCAACAGUCAUACUAUGAUUGACACAAAGUACAGACCCAACAGUCAAACUACAAUUGACACAAAGUACAGUCCCAACAGUCAAACUACAAUUGACACAAAGUACAGUCACAACAGUCAAACUAUGAUUGACACAAAGUACAAGCCAGGCAGUCGAACUACAAUUGACAAAAAGUACAGUCCCAACAGUCAAACUACAAUUCACACAAAGUACAGUCACAACAGUCAAACUACAAUUCACACAAAGUACAGUCCCAGCAGUCAAACUAUAAUUGACACAAAGUACAAGCCAGGCAGUCGAACUACAAUUGACACAAAGUACAGGCCCAGCAUUCAAACUACAAUGACACAAAGUACAGGCCCAGCAGUCAAACUAUAA